UUUAGACAAUUCAGACACCCGACUCAUCUCUCUUCUCUAAAGAAACGAAAGUAACAAAAACUCUGCCCUAGACUGAAGCAGAACAAAAACAGAAAGUAGGGUUUUGAGCAUCAAGCAAUAAAAAAAAAUGGACGGUGCCGAUGGAGCAGAGGUUGAUAGAAUCGUCGACUCAAAGGACUUACAGCAACAGAGCAAAGCAUUUGAUAAGCUCACUGACCGUGUCGAAGAUCGUCAGCUCAAUUCCACUCGUGUGCAAGAGGCAAUGGCCUCGAUUGCUGGUUCAAAAGAAGGAGAUUUGAAUGCUAUGAGAUUGAGGGAGAAAGAAUUAGCUGCUGUCAAGAUCAAUGCAGCUGAUGUCGACAUAAUUGUAAAUGAACUAGAGUUGGACAAAAAGGUGGCUGAGAGAACCCUACGUGAGCACAAGGGUGACGCUGUCGCUGCCAUUCGAUACUUACUCCGGUAGAGAUCAGUGAAAACAAUUUAGAAUUUUAAAUUUCAAUUUUUUUCCCGAAUCGGUUUGAGUGUUGAAUUAUGAACCUGGAUACAUAUAGCUAAGCCGUUUUUGUCUGUAUAAUAAACUACCCAAUAUUUAAACAUGCAUGUUAUCCAUCCAAGGUGAUUUGGUUAAUGCCAAUUGUUGGGAUGCUUUGAUGAUUGCAUAUUUCAUUCUUUGUAAACAUCUAUCAAUGCGAGACUACUAUAUGAA